GUGGGAUCGUCUUCAAUAAAAAUAUAGAUCAUUGUUACUUUAAAAAAAGAAGCUAGCAGCUGUUUGUAAAUGUCGAGAUUGUUUCUAGUAUGAACACUUUGUAAGUUUUAAAUGUUCUAUAGUCUUUUUCUUGCAACAUGAAUAAACAGAAUAUUGUUUAAUUGCAAAUGUAUUCAGUCAAGCAGUUGAAAACAAUUGUAAUCCUAUUACUUUUAUGAAUGAUGCCUCCUUAAUUUAUUAAAGACUGAAUCGUUUUCUUUUUGUUAACUUAGAAAAAAUGAUGAAGAAAUAAAUGCUAUUUUUUCCAUGGCAUUUUAAGCAGUUCAUUUUGAUUUAACUAGAUCUGAAUAAUAUUGUUACAUAUAUAGACUAUUUUUAAUCGAUUAAAUAAUUCAUUUUUACUCUUAAAAAAAAUUUCUAUUCUCACAUAAAAUCAAUUAAAAUCAAAUUUGAGGUUAUGCCUUCAUUUUUCGACCAAACCGACUAGAAAAAAGGUGUAGCAUAAUAUUUAACGCUAUUUACUGUCGUUUUUCUUUUAUUUAAGUGAAAAAUGUUGCUCUGGCAGAUCGAUGUUACCAUCAAUCCGCAUGAUUUCGUCAUUGCAACAUGCAUUUGAUCAGCAAAGAUCAUUUACUUCUUGGUAAGUUUGUAAUAAGCAAUUUUCCUUAUCGAUCAGUGAGGCACGAUAUCUAUUCUGUCCUUACGCGUUUCAUUUUUUCCCUGUUCUUUCNAUUCUUCGACCAAACGAAUAGAAAAAGGUGUAGAGUAAUUUCAUGACAAUAUAUUAGUUUUAAAAUAUCAAGUUCGAUAUAUUUUCACAAAUUCAUUAAACAGAAAAAUUAGAUUUAAUAAUGAUUAUACAAUUCAUAUUUUCUAGGUCUUUAAAAUACGACGAAUCUCCACAAGUUGAUCAACCAUCAUCAUUUGAUAUAUUGGAUUUCUGUUAUGCUCUAGUAUCGAAACAUUAG